ACACAUGCGCAGUAGAUGCCCCAUGAACCGACGUCGUCUGGGUAGCGGAGGAUGGUAAAAAAGCGUCUGGCGGCUCUGUUCAGUCACAUUAACCGAAGAAUGAUAAAGUUUUUGAUUGCACUUGCACUGCUUGCAUACGUAGCAUCUGUUUGGGGAAAUUUUGUCAGUAUGAGGUCUUUGCAAGAAGAAGGUGAACAAAAAGUUGAAAGGAAAAUAGAGGAGGCUUUAGCGCCCUUGAAAGAGAAAAUUAAAGAAAUAGAAACAAGCCUAUCUCAAAAGUAUCCUCCGGUUAAAUUCCUGUCUGAAAAGGAUCGCAAGAGAAUUCUGAUAACUGGAGGAGCUGGAUUUGUAGGUUCUCACCUUGCUGAUAAGCUUAUGAUGGAUGGUCAUGAAGUAACGGUCGUUGACAACUUUUUCACAGGCCGGAAAAGGAAUGUGGAACAUUGGAUUGGACAUGAAAACUUUGAAUUAAUCAAUCAUGAUGUUGUUGAACCAUUAUAUAUUGAAGUGGAUCAGAUUUAUCACCUGGCGUCACCAGCAUCUCCUCCAAAUUAUAUGUAUAACCCAAUCAAGACGCUGAAGACAAAUACUAUUGGGACAUUAAACAUGUUAGGAUUAGCAAAACGUGUUGGGGCACGUCUCCUAUUAGCCUCAACUUCUGAGGUUUAUGGAGAUCCAGAGGUUCACCCACAACGUGAAGAUUACUGGGGCCAUGUUAAUCCUAUUGGUCCGAGAGCCUGCUACGAUGAGGGUAAAAGAGUAGCUGAAACUAUGUGUUAUGCCUACAUGAAGCAGGAAGGAGUAGAAGUUCGAGUUGCAAGAAUAUUCAAUACAUUUGGUCCUCGAAUGCAUAUGAAUGAUGGCAGAGUAGUGAGUAACUUUAUUCUGCAGGCUCUCCAGGGAGAAAGCCUAACAGUUUAUGGUUCAGGAUCACAGACUAGGUCUUUCCAAUAUGUAAGUGACCUUGUGAAUGGAUUAGUGGUUUUAAUGAAUAAUAAUGUCAGCAGUCCUGUGAAUGUGGGCAACCCAGAGGAGCACACUAUUCUAGAAUUUGCCAAAUUGAUUCGGGGCCUUGUUGGGAGCAAAAGUGACAUCCUGUCUCUUCCAGAAGCACAAGAUGAUCCCCAACGAAGAAAUCCAGAUAUCAGAAAAGCCAAGAUGAUGUUGGGAUGGGAGCCUGUGGUUCCUCUGGAAGAAGGCCUAAACAAGACAAUUGACUACUUCCGUAAAGAGCUAGAAUAUCAGGCAAAUAAUCAAUACAUCCCCAAACCGAAACCUGCAAAAACAAAGAAAAGCAGACUCAGACACGCGUAAUGGCUUCAACCAAGAACAGUUUUCCAACCACAGGGAACUGAAUGAAAACUUGGUUUUUGAAGAAACUCCGAAGAAAUUAUAUUAAAAUUGAACUGGAAUUUGAUCUUUGAGCUUGCUUAUACAGAUGGAUGUGCCUAAACAAAAAUCAGAUUUUUCUUGCACUUUUUAAUCUGUUUUAUUUAAAGUAGUGUAGCAAUAUUGAGUUUUGUUGGCUGUUUUGUAUUUUUGCUUUGAUUUAUUUUAUUUGUCAUGAGACUGUUACUCUUUGCUGUGAAGGAUUUCUUCAAACCAUUUUACAUAAACAGAAGUGUUGAAAAUGGGAUUAUUUAUAACAAAUGGUACUACUUCAAUUUUGUUAUUACGGUGUACAAUACACUUCAACCAGGCUAUCAGUGUUGUCAGGUGAGUAACAGUAACUAGAAACCUAGUUAUUGCCAUGUCAAUUGUUCUUCAGCUAUAGAGUUUUGAAGAGUGUUGUAAAAUUGCUGUUUUGAAAUUAGGGAGUAUAUUUCUUUUUCUAAGAAUCUAUUUGUUAUAUAAGAGGUUUUUUUAAAGAGAAGGGUAAUCAUUGCUUGAAUCACUGCUACAUUAUGUAUGUACUUGGAGGCGGGGGGGGAUGUGUGUAACUAGGUAUGUGUUUUAAUUGUGCUGACUUUAAUAAAAUAUUGGUGGGGA